AUGAGCGGCAGCAGGGAUCGGCUAGAGCCGGCCCAGGCCGGGAUCCAGAGGCCAGCCGGGAUCCGCCAGAGCCGCCAGCCGGGAUGCAGAGCGCAGCCGGGAGUCCGCCAGAGCCGCCCAGCCGGGAUAGAGGCCAGGCCGGGAUCCGCCGAGAGCCGCCCAGCCGGGAUCGCCAGAGCCAGCCCAGCCGGGAUCGCAGACCGCCAGCCGGGAUGCCAGAGCCGCCCAUGCCGGGCGCCAGACCCGCCAGAGCCGCCGAGCCGGGAUCCGCCAGAGCCGGCCCAGCCGGGAUCCGCCAGACGGCCCAGCCGGGAUCGCCAGGAGCCGCCCAGCCGGGAUGCCAGAGCCGCCCAGCCGGGACUCCGCCAGAGCCGCCGAGCCGGGAUCCGGCUAGAGCCGCCCAGCGCUCGGGAUCCCCGCCAGAGGCCCAGCCGGGAUGCAGAGCGGCCCAGCCGGGAUGCAGACGGCCCAGCCGGGACCGCCAGAGCCGCCCACGAGCAGUGCCGGGCCCAGCCGGGACGCCAGAGCGGCCCAGCGGGAUCGCCAGAGCGGCCCAGCCGGGAUCCGCCAGAGCCGCAGGGGAUUGUGAGCGCCAGCGCCGGGAUCGCCAGAGCGCAGGGAUCGGAGAGCCGAGCCAGCGCCGAGAGCCACCAGAGCGGGCCCAGCCAGUAUCCGCCAUUCAGCUCCUGGUACUGCCCCUAG